AUGAUUUACCAAAUCUUCUUCUGUGUUGUUAGUUUAUCAACUUUGCCAUUAUUUGUUAAAUGUCAGGCUAAUAUUUGUCCUACAGCAACAUGGUCACCAAAUGGUGUAACAGUAGCUGGUGGUCAUAGGUCAGGUUCCGCAUUUAAUCAAUUAAAUACUCCUAUCGGAAUACUUAUUGAUGAUGAUCAAACAAUUUUCGUAGCAGAUACAUCAAAUCAUCGAAUUGUUAAAUGGAAAGCAAAUGUUUCCAGUGGUUCGUUAGUUGCUGGUGGAAAUGGUAAGGGUGAUCGUUUGGAUCAAUUGAAUAGCCCACAAUAUAUUGCUAUGGAUAAAGAUAAAACAAUAUAUAUUGGUGAUUGGGGAAAUCAGCGUUUACAACGGUGGAUUCAAAAUACACAGAGUGGAAAAACUAUUCUAGGAAAUAUUACCCUUCUUGGUAUAACAUUUGAUAAUGAAGGAUCUUUUUAUCUAUCAGAUUAUAUAAAUAAUCAAGUAACUAAAUGGCGUCUUGGUCAAACAACUGGACAGAUAGUUGCUUUAGGUUUAAAUAUUCCUCGAAUGAUACGUCUUGAUUCAUAUCGAUCUGUUUAUGUAGCUGAUGCACACAAUCAUCGAAUAAUGAAAUUUAAUGAAGGAAUUACAAAAGGUAUUGUCGUAGCUGGUAGAACAAAUGAUUCUGGAUCAGCUGAAGAUCAGUUAAAUUAUCCGAGAAGUGUUAUAGUCGACGAUUCAGGUAGUAUUUAUGUAGCAGAUACAAAUAAUCACCGAAUAAUGCGUUGGUUAAAAGGUGCUACAUCAGGUACACUUGUUGUUGGUGGACGUGGUGGUGGUACGGCAUCUGAUCAACUAUUUUAUCCUAGUGAUUUAAUUUUCGAUACAUAUGGAAAUCUAUACGUUGCUGAUACAUUCAAUCACCGAGUACAAAAAUUUCUGAUCAAUAAAAACUCAUGUAAUAGAUUAUAA